GUCGUCCUACCGGCUCAAUCGCACGCAUUCGUCAUUUCACAAGGUUUUAGAGCUGUGCCGCCAGCGCUGCAUUCGCGCACCACGCCUUACUGGUCUUUAGCACUUGUAACGCGAUGCGCAUCCCUGCGCUUUUGCUUUGUAUACGUAUCACAGCUGCCGUCUGGCCGAGCUAUGACACCGCAGCACAGCUCCCAAAAGAUGCCCGCGCACGCCUUGACCGCAAUCUCGUCGUGACCGGUGCCGGCUGCGAGCGCACCCAAUUGAGGCUGGACCAGCUACGCGAGCCACGCGAAGCCGCCGUCGCGGGCGGAGAACUAGCGAGACUGCUCAAGGUCGAGGAUUGUGGAGUCGUGUGUCUACUGAGAGGCGCGCCCAUUGCCCUUGUCGCCGCGACGGCCGAUCUACGACGCUACGCUGGCGACACCAUCGACGCGGCCCUCGAGGCUGGCGACCAUUCAAGGGCCCACGCCGCCGAGAAAGAACUAGAUGAGUGGUACGACCGCGACUGUUCCGCCGUCGAGCUGGGCUUCAUCACCUAUGGAAACGCAGCAAACGUCUACUGGGUGCACCCGCGGUCCGGUGAGAGGCAUAUGCAGCGGCGUUUGAUCCCGGGAGACGAGGGCACGGUCUGGCUCACCGCCGGCCUGGGGCAUAGGUUUGUGGUCGUCGAAGAAGCUUCCGGCGAAACGCUGGGCGAAUACGAGGCGACGCACGACGCCAUUCACACAAUCGUCGCAGCUCCUCGGCCUAUAUCAAAGCGCAGCGCCGAGCAGUGGAAGCGCACGGAGGACGACCUCCGAAAGUUCGAACAGAACCGCGCGAACCGCGUCAAAAGGACGUGGACCAAACGCGGUUAUGAUAGGGCGCCCUUACCACCUGCUCUUUUUGCGGAUAUUGCCACAUACUGGUACAAUAACGCCGCGACCUGUCUCGUGUAUGAGGAGUGGGGUGCCGACAGCGCUCACGUGAAUUGGUGGUCUGCGCCUCCUGAGAUGUGCUACCUUCCGUUCGGGCUCAAAAGAAGGUGGCACGACGCGUUGCGGCCGCUCGUGGAGGCGUGGAUCGGUGAUGUAGAAUUGGAGGACACGGACCUCUACGGCCUCCGGCGGUACACGCGCGGGAGCACGCUGAUGCCUCAUGUCGACCGGGAGGAGACGCACGCCGCCUCAGUAAUAGUGAACAUCGGCCAGUACGGCAUGGACGAGGCGUGGCCUUUGCAAAUCUAUGACCUGCAUUCAGGAGAGAUGACGAACGUGACGAUGGAACCGGGCGAGCUACUCUUCUACGAGUCAGCGAAAUGCCUGCACGGGCGCGAGGUACCUUUACAAGGAGACGCGUUCGUGUCAUUGUUUGCCCACUAUCGCCCGCGCGACGCGCCGCGCUGGUUCCUCGAGGACAAGACUGAGGCUUUAGAGUGGGCCUACGACGGGUUGCCGUACUCGCUGGGCGACGCGGAGGAGCAGGUCGGCUCGAGGACGCGGACGUUCGUCGUCGAGGACGCGUCGUCGCCGGCGUUGGGCGAGCUUUGAUUGUUUGUUGUAACUUCUAGUAGUAAAUAAA